AUGAGGAUACUUUCUACAGAAUCUCAAAUGAGAAAACUUUCUACAGAGUCUCAAAUGAGGAUACUUUCUACAGAGUCUCAAAUGAGGAUACUGUCUACAGUCUCAAAUGAGGAUACUUUCUACAGAGUCCCAAAUGAGGAUACUUUCUACAGAGUAUCAAAUGAGGAUACUUUCUACAGAAUCUCAAAUGAGGAUACUUUCUUCAGAGUCUCAAAUGAGGUUACUUUCUCCAGAGUCUCAAAUGAGGAUAAUUUCUACAGAGUCCCAAAUGAGGUUACUUUCUCCGGAGUCUCAAAUGAGGAUAAUUUUUACAGAUUCCCAAAUGAGGAUACUUUCCACAGAGUCUCAAAUGUGGAUACUUUCUACAGAGUCUCAAAUGAGGAUACUUUCUACAGAAUCUCAAAUGAGAAAACUUUCUACAGAGUCUCAAAUGAGAAAACUUUCUACAGAGUCUCAAAUGAGGAUACUCUCCACAGAGUCACAUAUGAGGAUACUUUCUACAGUGUCCCAAAUAAGGAUACUUUAUCCAGAGUCUCAAAUGAUGAUACUUUCUUCAGAGUCCCAAAUGAGGAUACUUUCUACAGAGUCUCAAAUGAGGAUACCUUUUAUAGAAUCUCAAAUGAGGAUACUUUCUACAGUCUCAAAUGA